AUUGUUAACAUAUACUUGACCCCCACAACCUGCUCAUGACACAGAUGUCUGGUACCUCUGUCACCUCCCACUGCUUAAACCCCUCCCACUCGGCACCUGGGUAAACUGAGUCUGGCAGAGAGUACCGUUUGACUCCAAAGCUAUCUAGAAUAAACACCAGAGAGACGCUAGCAGAACGAGUGCAUAUUUUCUCCUUCCUGUCAGUUAAUCCGAGAAACUGAAACAAGAUCCAGGUUUCUCAAGACUAACGACGACAACCUGACAGUCAGACCCUUUUUAUGGGUUCAAGAACUCAGUUGUCUACCACAUAAAGGAACUUGUGGACUGUUUUUUUUUUUUUCUUCUUCUUGGCAAAACCUACUGUAUUUGCAGACUGAUUGCUAUCGGAACUUGGACGCCUAGACAGUUUCAAUACUGUACUGCUGUUCUUGAGAUAGUUUUGACUUUUGGAACGUGUAUCAUCUGGACAGUGAAAGAGAAGAAACACAAGUGCAUUCCUUCUCUGUUUAUUUUUGCAUCAGAGUCGGAGACUGGAACUUAAUUUGUAGCUAAACCCCAAUAACGAAUGGUGGGAAUUUCUGUCCCUUUUCAGUAUCGCACUGAGAAGCACUCCACAAUGCCAGACUCACCUGCUGAUGUGAAAUCACAAUCCAGGUUGACGCCACCAACAAUGCCACCUCCUCCAACCACACAAGGAGCUCCGAGGACCAGUUCUUUCACCCCGACCACAUUAACCAAUGGCACCAGCCACUCACCCACAGCAUUAAACGGAGCUCCGUCUCCACCGAAUGGCUUUAGCAAUGGACCCUCCUCAUCCUCUUCCUCAUCGUUAGCCAAUCAGCAGUUGCCACCUGCCUGUGGUGCACGGCAGCUCAGUAAACUCAAGAGGUUCCUCACCACACUGCAGCAGUUUGGCAAUGACAUUUCACCCGAAAUCGGUGAGAGGGUGCGCACAUUGGUGCUGGGGCUUGUGAACUCUACCUUAACCAUAGAAGAAUUUCAUUCCAAACUGCAGGAAGCUACGAAUUUCCCACUGCGACCCUUUGUCAUCCCAUUUCUGAAGGCCAACCUGCCAUUACUUCAGCGGGAGCUCCUGCACUGCGCAAGGCUGGCCAAGCAGAACCCGGCCCAGUACCUCGCUCAGCACGAGCAGCUGCUGCUCGACACCAGCACCACCUCACCUGUCGACUCCUCCGAUCUGCUGCUGGACGUCAACGAAAACGGCAAGAGGAGAACACCCGAUAGAACCAAAGAGAAUGGCUUUGAUCGAGAGCCUUUGCACUCAGAGCAUCCCAGCAAGCGGCCCUGCACUAUUAGCCCCAGCCAACGGUACAGUCCAAAUAACGGCUUAUCAUACCAGCCCAACAGUCUGCCUCACCCCACACCGCCUCCACCUCAGCACUACCGUCUGGAUGACAUGGCUAUCGCUCAUCACUACAGGGAUUCAUACAGGCAUCCCAAUCACAGGGACCUCAGGGACAGGACCAGACCUUUGGGGAUGCAUGGCACGCGUCAAGAAGAAGUGAUUGAUCACCGGCUUACGGACAGAGAAUGGGCAGAGGAGUGGAAGCACCUUGACCAUGUAAGAAAACUGCUGAACUGCAUCAUGGACAUGGUAGAGAAGACUAGGCGCUCUCUUACAGUCCUGCGGCGAUGUCAGGAGGCAGACCGCGAGGAGCUCAAUUACUGGAUCAGGCGGUACAGCGAUGCUGAGGACCUCAAGAAAGGGACAAGCACCAGCACCAGCCACUCCAGACAACAGAGCCCCGUCAACACAGACCCCUCACUUCCAGAAGCUCACCGCGAACUCCUUCACAGGCCCACCUCUGGAUAUGUGCCGGAAGAGAUCUGGAAGAAAGCUGAGGAGGCGGUGAAUGAGGUGAAGCGUCAGGCGGUGUCGGAGCUGCAGAAGGCCGUGUCCGAAGCUGAGCGGAAAGCCCACGAGAUGAUCAGCACAGAGAGGGUGAAAAUGGAACGCACCGUCGCCGAGGCCAAGCGACAGGCCGCAGAGGAUGCGCUGAGCGUCAUUCACCAGCAGGAGGACUCCAGCGAGAGUUGCUGGAAUUGUGGGCGCAAAGCCAGCGAAACAUGUAGCGGCUGUAACACAGCAAGAUACUGCGGCUCUUUCUGUCAACACAAGGACUGGGAAAAGCACCACCACGUGUGUGGGCAGACCCUUCAGGCCCAGCAGCAGCAGCAGCAGCAGCAGCAGCAGCAGCAGGGAGAGACUCCAGCAGCAGCCAGCUCGUCAGCAACACCGUGCAGUGGAGCAGGGAGUCCGGUCAGCACGCCUCCAGCCGCCACUCCCAGAUCAACAACCCCAGGCACUCCCUCCGCCAUAGAACCCACCACGCGCUAAGACAAGGAGAGAAUAUAAAGAAAGCAAAAUAAAAACAAGCAAACAAACAUGUCCUUGUAUACUCGAAGAUUAUAAACUAUUAUACUGCAAAAAAGAAGGAACUUAUCCUGAAGUAGUAGUGAAACACAGAAGGCCAGUAACGGGUCAUAUUGACUUACCAUGAUGAAAAAACACAAAGAUUUUCUUUGUUUUGGGUUUUUUUUUUCCUGUAAAAAAACAAAAAAUCAACAAAAAAACUGAAAAGACAGCAGAGAAUAACAAAAGAGUAGAUUUGACCUCCUCCCCUCUGUUAUUUUUCCAGUAGCUGGGAUUUUAAACUAGAUGACCUCAUUAACAGAUGCUUUACCAAACAGCAAACCAAGGGAUUGCUAAUUGCUGUUGAAAGCAAAAAUGCUAAUAUUCAAAUAUGAGAAAGGGACACCUUGUUCUUUGUAACAAUGAUGGAAAAAAAGAGAGAAAAAACCCUCAAGGGCAUGAGCGUUGGAUAGAGCGUAGACAUUCUAACUAGAAGAUGAAUGGCAUACAUGGGUUACUGACUGAACUUUGAAGACCGGCAAUGAAAUGCGCACAUGAGCAGCAGAUUGGAAAGAAACACAGAUGUUCAUCCUUUUUUUUUUACUUCUGAAAGAAAUAUAAUAAUAUCCAGGUCAACGGAAUGAAAAAUUAAAGCUGUUUUGCGGUGGAACGUAUAAAAAAAGAAGAGGCAGCAGCAGCAGCAGCAUAGGGGAAAAUAAAUGCCAUAAUUAAAAAAAGAGGCUUCCUUUUAAGAAAAAAAUAAUACAAAAAAUAAAUAAGGAACAGCCUGCAGCUGAUUAGCAUUUUUCUCCAGCUUUCAUAUCAGCCAGCUGCUCCUUAUUACUCUGCAGCAUUGCUUCACUUUUAAAAAGUUCCACAGAGUAAGACAAUCAGGUCAGUUCCUGCUCAUUUAAACAACGUCAAAUAAAAAAAAAGAAGGUAAAUAAAACCACAUUGGCUUUGAUUCUGGCCCUUUCAUGUUUUUCCCGCCUUCAUACCCUUUUUUUUCAUUUUAUUUUUUUAAAGUAGUUCUCUUGGUGUAAAACACUUCUGUCCUGUGAGGUUCCCAAUGGUGAUUUCUUGUGAAUGUGUUGGACAAAUGUGAAGAUGCAUUGUAGCUUAACCAUGCCAAUCAUUUUAGUCUCUUUAUUCCUAGUUGUUGAAGAAGAAAACUGUAAUCUUUCUAUGCUGCUUUUAUAUUUGUAUGUAUUAGUGAUAUUUCUCUAGUAGUUCAAAAAGAAACAAUGGAAACAUUUUUUUUUUUCUCGGUUGUCCUCAAGAAAAGAAAAAAAGCUAUCUCUCUGAGCUGCAAUUUCACUCUGUUAGGAUAUUUUCUGAGAACUAGCAUGCUACACGGAAUGCUAAAAUAUUGAUGUUUUGUACAAGGGGAUGUACAUAAAUGUAUUUUGCACUGUCACGAAGACUCCCUAGGCAUGCUUCUUUUGGCAAACUCUUUAUUAAGUGUGCUAGAGCCAUUUUCACUGAUUUGUAUCUGUAUUUUUAGAGUAGCUGUGAAUUUCUGUUUUUUUCUCGCUAUCGUUAGUGAAGUUUUCAUAAUCAUAUAACAGGACUUCAUCACUUUUAACAACAACAAGAAAAAGACAGUGUAUUCAUAUCACUGCAAGGUCGUUAAGUAUUGCUGUUUUUACAAAAAAAAGAAAUAAAAAAAAAGAAUAAAUAAACUAAAGCUCCAAAUGCUGAGGUGUAGAUUGACAGCUUGAACACUGCUGAAUGCCAGGUUAUACAGUAUUACAAACAAGGGAAGUCAGCCAAAGACAGAUCCGAAGGACCAAAAUUUGAUUAAGAUAAUAAUAAUAAUAAUAAUAAUAAUAAUAAUAAUAAUAAUAAUCCAUAAAGCACCAGAAUGUUCUUUUUUCCAAAUGAUCAGCAGGUUAACCAGUUUGAGCAAGUGAACCAGCGGUCAUAAACCAGUUAACCCUUUGCUGUCCAGAACCCAGACCAGAACUACUCAAUAGCUUGGGCCAAUGACCCAGUAUAAGGGUGCUGUCACACCUUUCAGAGUAUCAAAAGAUUCUCAAACAAGCAAUAAUUUCCACAUUCAGACUCCAGUCAAUAACUUUGUGGUAACAAAUGAAAACAUCCAAAAUGCCACUGUCUGACAAGAAUAUUGUUUACAGUGCUUUAAUUUGUUUUUAAAAACAAUUCCUGCCAGAUGGUAAUUUUGGAGGACCAUUCUUGACAAUGGUUUAUAUAGUUGUCUGCAUAUUGGCUAUUGAAUGGAAAUAAGUAUGUGGUAUGGUGAUGCCAUUUGGGUUGAUGUCAUCACACCCUCAUACAGGCCAUAGAGUGGGAUAAAUACAUCAGUAGAGAGUGUGGCUUUCUUUCUUUAUCAGUCAAUGAAAUUGCCUUUAUAAAAAAAGAGCUUUGUGUCUGUCAACCAAAUCUCCCCUACUCGCUCUUAACUGUUUGACAUGGCUGGUUUUGAUGCUGACAAAGGAGAAAACACUUACUGAAAAUGCUCCUUCAUUUAUCUUUUGGUUUCACCACCCAAAACAAAAUCAAAAUAGUGGUUUAUAAGGCUGAACUGUAAUGACUGGAUAUUGGAACAUAGUACCUAAGUAGAGAAAAAUCAGCACUUAACUGAAGCACAUAACCACAUGUUCUAUAUGGUCUUCUUGAAACCAUGGUGCUAAGAGACAAAUCAUUGACCUCAAUACAAUUGACUUUGGCUAUGAGCAGUCUGAUUUGUUCCUCAUGUUCCUGAGUCUAUGUUCUACACUGUAAAGGGUUAUGCAAUCCAAAAAGGUGUCUGACACCCAUUUAUGUCUCAGAAGCUGUGAUUUUAUGUGAAACGGCAAUGCUAUUUUAACACUAGUGUAUUGUAUACUUCAAAUAAAGAAUUAGUGCAUCAUGUUACUUCAAUUCAGGGCACCCUAGGAAAAACAAAUACAUAAUAAAUGAAUAAAACUAGAAACUGACUCUUUGAGCUCUAUCUCCUCCUCUCCUCUCCUCCUCAUCCUCUCCUCCUCCUCCUCUCCUUUUUUUGCUACAACCUCCUCAGUGGCAAAAAGGUUUCGCUCUACCUCUGAUAGCAUGUAUAUUGCACCAGAACAAGAUACUGGUCUAGUCAAACCAAAUGGGCACAAGAGAACAGGAUACCAAAAGUAAAAGCUCAUACAGCUGCAAAACCAUAUCACUACUUGGUAACAAUGCAGACCUCAUAAACCUAAAAAGAAAAAAAAAAAUGUUACUUUCCUUUAUGCUUGUCACUUAUAUACAGAUUAUGUGAAAAGUAUAAUUUGUAGGUAAACACACAUUUAAGAGACACAACAAAAAAAAAGUCAACACCAUUUGAUACAAUCAAAACAGUGGUCACUGAUACGAAUAGGGCACUCUCUCUCUCUCUCUCUCUCUCUCUCUCUCUCUCUCUCUCUCUCUCUCUCUCUCUCUCUCUCUCUCUCCUCUUUAAUCUCUUUCUGUUGUGAGACGUACGUGUGACAGGGCUGCCUGUCUUUGUUGCAUAGGUGCAUGCCAUGGGAAUUAAUUAAAAAAUAAAUACAAUAAUAUAGUUAAUAAAAAAACAACGACUGGUUAAUUAAAGCAUGCCUAUGUCUAGAAUACUUUGGGGGACUAAAAAAAAAGUGACUGUCCAGUUUGUUGUCACAUUAAACAAGACGCAUGCAAACUGGAGACCGUUGAAAUGCAGAUUGAAGUACAUUAUUUGGUUCUGCGACUUUAUUGUGAAAAAAUAAAAUAAAUUGAAGUUGUUGUGCAAUACUUAAUUCAGACAUGUACCACAAGUUAAUGGUAGACUAACACUGGGGGGUCUAUACGUCAUGCUUUUGUCAGCAUACUUUUUUGAGCUUUUAAAGUCUACUAUGUCGGAACUGUGGUUUCUUGUUUGUUCUUGCUUUUCUUUAGUUAGACUGUAAUGUAUGGUCUGUCAACCUGUGAAUCUUUUAAAGUAUGAUUCAGGUAUUGUUGUACUCCUUACUGUGUAAUAAAAAUGUUAAUAUCUGUAUUCACUGA